AUGACUUCUCAAGUCCUAGAUUUUGUGUCUGGCCUUAAAUCUCGCCAUUUUGAGACGAGGCAGAGGUCUGUACGCGAGCUUCUACAGUUUGUUAGAACGGAGUUAAGAGAAAUGUCACAAGAGACUAUUGCUCUUGUUCUAGACGACUUUAAUCAACAGAUUCAUAUCUUGACUUCUAGCUAUGAUAAUAUUGAGAAGAGGGCUGGUAUCUUGACAAUUGUGUGUCUCAUAACUGGAGAUACAGAAAUAAAUAAAACAAGAAUAUCUCGUUAUGCUCAUUACUUACGGAAUAUAUUUCCUACAAAUGAUUUACAUAUCUUAGAGUUGGCUGCAAAGACCAUGGGCCGUGUAACCUUGUCUCUGGGAAUAAAAAGAGGAGAGUAUGUUGAAAAUGAAAUUAAAAGAGCCUUUGAGUGGCUUGCAGAAGAAAGAACAGAAGCAAAGAGGUUAUCAGCCUGCUUUAUUUUAAGGGAAUUGGCUAUAUCCAUGCCUUCUUAUUUCUAUCAACAUAUAAAUGGAUUUUUCAAUCAUAUAAGAACAGCAAUAAGAGAUCCAAAGGAACAGAUAAGAGAAGUGGCAGCAAAGGCUUUGAGAGCUGCCUUUGUGGUUACCUCCCAAAGAGAAGUUCCUACUCAGCAUAAGCGGGCUCAUUGGUAUAUUCAGUGCUAUGAAGAAGCCACAUCAUCAUUCAGUGACCAUACUAUUAGAGACAGACUCCUCAGUAGGGACGAUAAUGUUCAUGGAGCAUUGCUGAUAUUAAAUGAGCUGUUGCGCUGCUCAAAUGCAAACUGGGAAAGAAAAUACACAGAUUUGAUGCAAAAACUAGAUGCCGAGCAGGAUGUUAUUGAUGAAAUGGCAUUCCAUAACAAAUUGCAAACUUCAUGGAACUACUUGAACCAUUCAGAGGAUAAAACUCAAACACCAAUCAUACUUGAAUCCACCUUUUGCAGGGAGCUGAUAACUGAAAAUUAUGACAAAAUAUCCAGUGAUAUUAUGGCACAACAAAUAUCAAGAUCGCACAGUGUUCACCAAAUGCUGCUUUUAAUAAUACCCAGAUUGGCUGCUUUCAAUCGUGAAGCGUUUGCUAGAAAGCACUUAAAAUCAACAAUAAAUCACUUAAUUACUUUCCUUUGUGGGAGGGAAAAAGAGAGAGCCAUGGCAUUUAUAACUCUGGGAUUAAUUUGUGUCGCUGUUGAAGAUGAUAUACAACACUCUUUACAUAGAAUUAUAGAAAUUAUCAAAUCUACAUUACCGCUGAAGGAUGUCGCUAAGAAAAGAAAUGGAAUAGAUACAUCAUUAUUCAAAUGUGUAACCUUAUUAGGAUUUGCAAUGAAAGAAAAUAUUUCCAAUGAAAUAAAAGAUCUGUUGGAUCCAAUGUGUGCGACUGGGUUAAGCCCUCAAUUGACAACCUGCUUUAAAGAACUUAGUGAAAAUGUACCAUCCCUCAAAAAAGAUAUAACGAGCAGACUACUGAAUAUCCUCUCUCUGAUAUUAAGAAAGAAACCUUACACUUCAGGUGACAGUAAAAGUGAACAACUUUCAUAUGCACUGUCUUCAGCCUUAGUGAUGGAACCCCAUGAUGCUGCAAAAUUAGUGUUGGCCUUACGUACUCUGGGUGCAUUCGAGUUUGAAUGGAAUAAUACGUUGAUGUCAUUCAUACGGCGAUGUACCGAUCAUUAUCUGCAAAGUGAACAACAUGAUGUGAGGUUGGAAUCGGUAAAAACAACCGCGAAACUUCUCGUAAAAGCCGUGGAACGUUGUUCUCAAACAAACUCGCGUACUCUAUCAACAUUAGUGGACGAGUCUCUCGGUAAACUACUAGCCGUUGGUAGAGCCGAUUUUGAUCAUGAGGUGCGUUACAAAGUCCUUGAAGUGUUCACAAAUCCUGUUUUCGAUAAAUACUUAGCUUUAGAGGAGCAUCUGAACUGCCUUUUUGUUUGCGUCAACGAUUCAAACAGUGAUGUGGGAGAACUCGCGUUAUGCGACGUCAGUCGGCUUAGCAACUUGAACCCCAGUUAUACCACACCUAUUUUGCGACAGCUGUUUGUACAAAUACUAUUGGAACUUCAAUAUUCAGAGUCGGCCCGAAAUAAAGAGCAGUCCCUCAGAAUGAUAAAUAAUAUUAUAACUCACGCACCAAGGAUUACUAGACAGUUUGUCGAAACAAUUCUAAAAGUUCUCAUACCAAAGUUGAAAGAGAGCGGUAGCAGUUCUAUUAUGAUUUCCACCAUUUUGAAAGCUAUUGGAGAUUUAGCAGAGAUUAACGGUGGAGGAACAGCAUUAAAGCAAUGGCUGCCUGAACUUAUGGCUAUACAGCUGAGUAUACUUUCAGACCCAAAUCAGCCAGAAAAACGAAGUGUAGCUUUAUGGUCUUUUGGGCAAGUAAUAAGUGCAGUGGGUCAGGUCAUAACACCAUACAGUGAACAUCCAACACUUAUGGAUAUGCUUUUAAAUUUCUUGAAAACCGAGCAGAACAGUAGAGAUCGCCGGGAAACGAUACGCGUGCUCGGACUUUUAGGAGCUUUAGACCCGUACCGACACAGAGUUAAUCAAGGACUAAUAGAUUUUCAAACAAUAUCAACAUUGAUUCCGAUUCCAGAAACGUCGUCGGCUAUUGAGAAUUUCGACUCUAAUGUUAGCGAAAUGUUCGUGAACAUGUCACCAAUCGUUUUAGACGAAUUUUACCCAGCGAUCGCCGUCGCAUCUCUAAUGCGAAUUUUGCGAGACCCUCUAUUAGCCCAACAUCACACUAAUGUGGUUCAUUCUAUUACUUACAUCUUUCAGACUCUGGGUAUCAAAUGCGUCCCAUACAUUUCUCGAGUUACUCCAGGUUUACUUUAUGUAAUCCGUACCACAGAUAAUAAUAAUUUUAGAGAAUUCCUCUUCACGCAAUUGGCGCAAUUAAUAUCGGUCGUAAAAAUUCACAUUAGACCGUAUUUAGAGGAUAUUUUUGAUUUGAUCCGUGAAUACUGGACUCCAGAUAGCCAGAUACAACCGACUUUGAUUCUUUUAAUCGAACAUAUAACAGUCGCAAUUGGAACAGAAUUCAAAGUGUAUCUUAGAAAGAUCCUACCGCACAUCUUGCGAGUGUUGAAAUAUGAUAAGAGCAAGGAUAGAAUUUUAACAGAAAAGUUGCUUUUGGCUAUACAAAAGUUCGAGAAUAAUUUGGAUGACGUACUUCUAGCUAUAGUGCCAGCUAUAACAGCUUUAUUCGAUGGUAGAAAUAUACCUAUACACAUAUCUAAAUUGGCUAUGGAGACGAUUGAACACUUAUCGAUGUAUCUGUACUUGAAGCCUUUUUCCGCCGUGCUGAUUCAGGGCCUGGCGAAUGUACUCGAUAACAAUCCUUCGCUGCGCCAAACAGCUAUGAAUACACUUUGCGCAUUGAUUGUACAAUUGGGAAGGGAAUACAUCGAUUAUAUUGGUUCUAUGGAAAGGGUUUUGGCGAAGCAUAAAAUUCAAUGCUCAAAUUACACUGUAUUGGUUUCGCGGCUACAAGUGGUUUCAACGCUUGCAUCGGAUGAUGACUAUUUGGCUGAAACCCGAUUUCGGUUGCGUAAUCAAAAAAGUGAUGUUGUGACAAGUGGCGACACGCAGAAUAUACAGAAAUUGGUGUUGAAUGUUCAGAAUUUGCGCAAAUGUUGGUCAAUUAGCAAUGUAAUAUCGAAAGAUGAUUGGAUGGAAUGGUUACGACAGUUUAGUAUUGGAUUACUUACGGAGUCUAAUAGCCCUGCUAUAAGAGCAUGCGCCAGCUUAGCUCAGAACUAUUCCCAGCUCGCCAGCGACCUGUUUAAUGCUGCAUUUAUGUCCUGCUGGACGGAAUUAGGAGAGCAGCCGCGCGCUGAGCUCGUGUAUGCCCUUGAGAGAGCCCUAACAGUCCCAGAUGCACCAGAAAUAGCACUGCUGGUUCUGAAUCUUGCUGAAUUUUUAGAACAUUGCGACAAAGGCGCCUUGCCUAUAUCAAUAAAGCUCUUAGGCGAUACAGCGAUAACCUGCCGGGCGUUUGCGAAGGCUCUGUAUUACAAGGAGGAAGAAUAUCGGCGAAACCCAACUACGCAAGUCGUGGAAGCACUCAUACAUAUCAACAAUAAAUUGCAGCAAAAAGAAUCAGCAAAUGGAUUACUUGAGAACGUUAUAAGACAGAAAAAGCACGGCGACUGCGCACUCAAUGUUCAUGUCCGUUGGUACGAGAAGUUACACAAUUGGGAAGAAGCAUUAGACCUGUAUAACAAAAAGCUUGAAAUCGAACCAGAAGAUAACGAGUCCAAACUGGGAAUGAUGCGAUGUUUGGAGGCUAUGGGUGAGUGGAGGAAACUCUACAGUGUGACAGUCGAACAGUGGGACAACUUUGAAGAAGAUAUGCAGAAGAAAACUGCCAAAAUAGCAGCCGCUGCUUCAUGGGGCCUAGAAGAAUGGGAUUCUAUGAAACGAUAUGUGGAUAUGUUACCAGUAGAUAAUCAAGAUGGAGCGUUAUAUAGAGCGGUUCUUGCCAUUCAUGAUGGGUAUUGGUCGGAGUCCAGGCACUUUAUUGAUACAGCCAGAACAUUGUUAGAUGGCGAAAUGUCGGCUGUGAUCGGCGAAAGCUAUCAAAGGGCGUACGCGCCGCUUGUCAAUGCGCAGCUUCUUACUGAACUAGAAGAAGUUGUUACGUAUAAACUUAUCGAAGAACGAAGAAGUACAAUACACAAAAUGUGGUGGGGGAGACUGCAAGGCGGCCAACGCCUGGUCGAAGACUGGAGGAAAAUGCUUCAAAUCCGAAGCCUCGUUAUUACAUCUCGCGAUGACUUACAAUCGUGGCUGAAAUUCUCAUCCCUAUGUAGAAAAUCGGGAUCUGUCAAUCAGGCACACAAGAUAGUUUUAUCCAUACUAGGGGCUGAUCCUGUGACUACCCCGGAAACGUUAUUAAGGGCUCACGACCCAAGAGUAAUGCUGGCGUACACUAAGAAUCUAUGGGAUGCUGGAAACAAACGAUACGCUUACGAAGUGUUGCAAAGAUUUGUGGAUAACACAGAGGGUGAGACAGAAGAACAGUGCAAGUUGCUUGCGAGAUGUCACCUCAAACUUGGCUCCUGGUGCGAGUCUCUGCAAGAGAUCAACGAGCUCUCCAUCCCAGAAAUAUUACGGAAUUACGCCGCUGCAACGAUUCUUGCCCCGGAAUGGUAUAAAGCCUGCCACGCGUGGGCUUGUAUGAACUUCGAAACCGUGUUGUUUUACAAGCAACAAGACAACUUGUCUGAGAGUAGCGUUGCGGGUGGAUCCGUGGAUAAGAAAGUAUCAAGACCAGAUUUUAUCAACACGUAUACCAUACCGGCGAUCGAAGGGUUCUUCAAGUCGAUCAGUUUAGCGAAUGGGAAUUCCCUACAAGACACGCUAAGGCUAUUGACAUUAUGGUUCGAUCACGGGCACAAUCCUGCGAUAUAUGACGCACUUUUUGAAGGAAUCAGACAAAUUGACGUAAAGAUAUGGUUGCAAGUGAUACCCCAGUUGAUCGCUCGUAUCGAUUCGCCGCGCAGUUUGGUCGCGAAAUUGGUGCACAUUCUGUUGAUAGAUAUUGGAAAGUUGCACCCUCAAGCACUAGUCUAUCCCCUUACGGUGGCGACAAAGUCUUCGUUCGUGACACGUAAAAAUGCAGCGAACUAUAUUCUUAAAACAAUGUGCACUCAUUCUCAGAUUUUAGUGGAUGAAGUGGCUAUUAUAUCGGAGGAACUGAUUAAGAUUGCUAUGUUGUGGCAUGAUCAGGUCUACACAGCUUUGGAAGACGCAUCAAGGUUGUACUUUAGUGAGAAAGACUACCGUAGCAUGUUCAGGACUUUGGAAAAAAUGCACGCUAUGUUGGAUCGCCCUCCGGAAACAUUGAAAGAGGUUUCAUUUCUACAAAUGUAUGGCAGGGAUUUGCAAGAAGCACAGCGAUGGUGUGAACUUUACAAAGAAACAAACGAAGAUAAAUACUUGAACGAAGCGUGGGACCUUUACUGCCACGUUGUGCGUCGGAUCGGAUCUCAAUUCCGUUCUCAUACAUCGCUCGAGCUACAGUACGUCAGUAAACGUCUUCACACGUGCACGGACCUGCAACUGGCGGUUCCGGGUUCAUAUGUCCCUAACGAAAAAGUUAUUAGGAUAUCUCAUAUAAAGAGUCAUUUGCAGAUAAUCAAAUCGAAACAGCGUCCUCGCCGCCUGACCAUCCAAGGUUCUGAUGGAAGGCAAUACAUGUUCCUAUUAAAAGGCCACGAAGAUCUACGCCAAGAUGAAAGGGUGAUGCAACUCUUUGGCCUCGUCAAUACUCUGCUUCAGGCCGACUCCAAUACAUACAGACAUGAUUUAGCCAUACAGAGAUAUGCUGUGGUUCCGCUGUCACCAAAUUCAGGACUCAUAGGCUGGGUACCGCAAUGCGACACCCUGUAUAAUCUUAUAAGCGAUUAUCGGGAUAAAAAGUCGAAUAAAAUGUCAUUGCAUACAGAACAGCAAAUUAUGAUGAGAAUGGCUUCAGAUUAUCAGAAGUUGAUGUUGAAGCAUAAGGUGGAAAUUUUCGAAUACACGCUAUCCCAGACGCCUGGAAAUGACUUGGCGCGUCUACUCUGGCUCAAGAGCCCUUCAGCGGAAACCUGGUUCGAGCGUCGAACAAACUACACCCGUUCCCUCGCUGUGAUGAGUAUGGUGGGGUAUAUCCUCGGAUUGGGAGAUAGACAUCCAUCCAAUAUUAUGCUGCAUAGAGUCACUGGAAAGGUUCUUCAUAUUGACUUUGGUGAUUGCUUCGAAGUUACCCAGACAAGGGAACGAUUCCCAGAGAAAAUACCGUUUAGAUUGACCAGGAUGCUGAUUAAUGCUAUGGAGGUAACUGGUAUAGAAGGUACGUAUCGUUUCGCAUGCGAAUCAGUCAUGCAUGUGCUCCAUAAACACAGGGACAGCGUGAUGGCCGUCCUAGAGGCAUUUGUCUAUGACCCACUCCUUAACUGGCGGCUCAUAGACAAUGACAAACACUCCAUCACAGAGUCUACUUUCUCAUCUGACAUUGACAUCUCCUACUCCCUGCCAAGCAGAAGUAGAAAUCAGCUACACUAUGAAUCACUAGAAAUGCCACCAGAAUCUAAUUUAAAUAAGCGAGCUCUGGCAAUACUAAACAGAAUUAGGGAUAAGUUAACCGGUAGAGAUUUUCCAAAUAUAGAAGCGGUCGUAAGCGUUCCGAAACAAGUUGAUUUGUUGAUAAAAAUCGCUACGAAUAAUGAGAAUUUGUGCCAAUGCUAUAUUGGUUGGUGUCCGUUUUGGUAA